CUGCACUUGCUUUUCUGGAAGUCAAUCUAUUUCAAUAGGAAGAAAUGCCCUCCCCCGCUAGAACGCGAUUUUCACUAGUCAAUGUGUCGUUGUGGCUUUGCACAGCACUCGGUUGCCUGUUUGGUUGCGGCCCAUUUUCGGUGCAGGCACAAUCUGGGGACGCGUUUGUAGAGGCAGUCGUGUCCCACUUGAAAAUCACUCCCUAUCUUGUUGAAACUCUCAACGUCACAUCAUACCCUUACAGCUUUUAUGUACAAGACAGCAUCGAGCUUGUCAAUGUAUCAGUAAUUAAUUUAUUAAACCUGCACCGCGAAGGCCCUUGGGACCUUCUUGUUGACUCCGAUGGCCUUAUGCACUUACGGGGCGCCCUUAACCUUAGCGAUGUUUAUGUUCGGGCUGGUUACCGAUAUCACCGCUGGUUCACGACGCUUAACGGACACAUCCGCCUCCACUUUCCACAACUCAAACUUGAAUUACACACUACAUUGGCCAACCUGACGAGCCUGGAGUUAAUAGGUUUCCGAGUGGCAAGCAUAAUUCCACCACAAGUCGUUGAAUUUUCUGGGGCAACGACAUUGUUUAAUUGGAUUGGUGCUCGAAGGGUGCAGAACUUGAUGGAUGCAUCAACUAGCAUUUUGGUGGAGAACUUCGAAAACUUCGUUCGGACCAGCGUGACUGCAGUAAUGCAAAGCAAAAAAUACUCCAGCCAAAGAUGUCAGCAGCAGAGUGAACAAAACCAGCAACGAAAUCAGCCCCAAGACCAUCAACAGCAGCGGCAUCAAGACCCAUCUAUCGAAAACUGGGGAACUACAGCCAACUGGACAGACUUGUCAAACGGAACUGAGGAUACUCUCCUCACAAGGCAGUGAUCUUUCAACACGUGCAAAAAAGGUAUUAGGAAAUUAAUUGCAGACGAUUGUUUUUUCCAAAGUUGAAGACUGAUUCAUGGAAACUAUCGUGAUUAAACUUGGCUUUAUUUUAACUAUUUUAAACGUGAUACUGUUUGAAUAUUUUCUUUGAUCUCACUAUAAAGAAAGGUUAUAUAAAUUAUCGCACCUGAAGAACGACAUCUUUUUGCCAAACCAAGAGAAAUAUAUAAUGUAGUCUCAGAGGUACAACUUUUAACAGAUCUAGCUAUAACAAUAGAUAUAGAUAACAAAAUAUAGCUAAAGUUUUAUAUAUAAUAUGUCGAAAUGACAAAGCAUUGCAUUCUAUCGUUUUACUCUGCUUGCUAUGUUAUAUUAAAUUUUAAUAUAGCUGCACAUCUGAAUAGAUGUGUUUAUGUCAUUCGUACAUAGGAAACUGGGUCAAAAAGUAACUGCGCGCUUAAUACAUUAAUUAGAAAAAUAGUUAAUAACUGAUGGGUGACGUAUUUAUUUAAGCCCACUAUAGCAUUCUUGAAAGCUGCACUCCAUAAGGUCCGGUAGUAAAAAAAAAAAAAGCCAAAAGCCGGGUAGUAACCAUAGUUACCUUGAAACAUGAAAAAAUCACUUGAAAGGAAAAUACACAUUCGUAUGAGUGGAAAAUGUUCUACUCAGGAAAAACAAAUAGGCAACGCUCGCAGUUUUGCCAGCUCUGAUAGGCGAACAAAUUACGAUAGUUAUGUUUGCCUGAAUA